AUGUCAUAUUUUGAACAGAUUGCAGAUAAAAUGCGUUUAGCACUAUUCUCCCUAGUGCUUAUACUAUGCAGUGUGUAUUUAUCACAUGCAUAUGAAGAUGCCAACUUAGAAGAUGAUGACUUUGCUGAGUUUGAACAAUUUGAUGCUGACGAUGAAGAGGUAGCCACUAUCGAUGAGGAGGGAGAAGAAGUUCCUGUCAAACCAAAGAUAACUCCUAAGGAACCACCGCCAUCUAGCAUUGAGCUAGAAGAUGAACUUGUUGAGGAUGAAGAUAAUGAGUUUGAGCAUUUUCAAGAUCCCGAAGAGUUUGAAGGUUUCCAAGACCCCACACCCAAAACUUCUGAAGAACCUAAAAUUACUAUUACAAAGGUCCCGGUUGUAAUCCACCCUCGUUGGGAUGCCUAUUGGUUGGAAGGAAUUCUAUGCUGUCUUCUUGCCUCAUAUGCCUUAGCAUAUGCUGUUGGAAGAGCAAAGAAUACCUCCAUUGCUACAAACUUCCUUAAACUACAUAAACCACUUCUAGAGGACAAUUUCACAUUAGUUGGAGACACUGGUUUAGAUGUGGUGGCUGACAGUGACGAGCGCGGCUGGCGAAGAGAGGCCGAGCACUGCUUCACUAUGUGGUGCAGUGGACGACAAUGCUGCGAAGGAAUGUUACUCACACUUAAAUUAAUUAAGCGUCAAGAUCUAGUCCAUGUAUUAUUAGGAGUGGUGCGUCCAAGUCCAGACACUCUUCUCAUACGAGUGGAACUCGGCAAAGACGAUAGCGAUCCGUUUGUUCUAUGCAUAGCGCAGAAGAAGAUCGCCACACGACUCUCGAAGGAAAUGCAGGACUUGAGCAUGUUCUGCCCCGAGCGUCGUCCUGGCGACAAGCACGGUUUGCCGUCGGCCCUCUCCGUGAUGUCGGAGUGCGCUGAGGCGACCGGAUCCCUUCUGGACUCGCGGGUCACUGCGGCGCUUGAGCAGUACCAUAAACAUAUUCAGUACAUACACAUAUCAGACAAGUACUGUGGACCGAAGCAAAUGGAAGAGACAACAGUGACGAAACCCCCUGAUACUGAGAAAGUCAUGCUAGUCAGUCUCGCUCUGGGUCCAGAUGGUGGUGGGGAUGAAGUUAGGCCUUUGCUAUUACUAGUCUUCCACCUACUUGAUAAGAUAAAACGGUUGCGACUUAGUAAAGAGGCUUUAGUGAAGUGCGAGAAGCGGCGUCAGAAGGUUACAGAGGUUUGGAUGCGUGGUGCUCAUGCGGCCCGACAAGAGCUUGCGGCUCAGAAGAGGGAAGAGAAGAGAAAACAAGAAAAAGAAAAGAUUCUCGCGGAAGAUGACCCAGAGAAGCAACGCCGUUGGGAACUCAAAGAGCAAAAGCGUCAGCAGAAACGCAAAGCGCCAAAAAUGAAGCAGCUCAAAGUGAAAGCAAUGUAA